CAUUUUUCUAUGUAUGAUACUAACAACAAAAGUUCGUCCUGUCCCGAAUCUUGAUUCUUCUUCAUUUUUACUUAUUCGGGGCUCUAUUUAAAGAAAUCAAGGAUCAGCCACUCUCCUGCUCAUAGCUAACUGUGUGAUUUUGGCCUCUCCCAAUUCCCAAAAGCAAAGAUUGCAAGACAAAGAACAUAUAUUCUUCCCGAUUAGCCACAUCUCAUAGCGAUUCCCUUGCACCUCAAUUAAAGCCUGCAAUACCGCGCCGACCACCCCCUCUUCUUUACUUGCCGCAGUUAUCUAUAAAUAAGCACCGUUGGGUCAUCACCAUCAUCCAACUCCAAGAACACAACAGCCUAGAGCAAGCUCAAGUGAAGUGACCUGAUCAGAUCGAUCAAUCACAAAUCCCCAAGAACAACAGCCUACUUGCUAGUUGCUACCCACCAAUUCGCUCGAUCAGCAAUGGCGGACAGAGUGACAAAGCUGGCGUCGCAGCGGGCGGUGGUGAUCUUUGGGGCGAGCAACUGCUUCAUGUGCCACGCGGUGAAGACGCUCUUCACAGAGCUCGGCGUGAGCUGGACGGUUCACGAGCUGGACAAGGACCCCCGCGGGAAGGACGUCGAGAGGGCGCUCGUUGGCAUGGUCGGACGGAACCCGCCCGUGCCGGCCGUCUUCAUCGGCGGCAGGCUUGUCGGCACCACCGACCAGGUCAUGACGCUGCACGUCGGCGGCCAGCUUGUGCCGCUCCUCCGCCAAGCCGGCGCCCUGUGGCUUUGAAGAGUCAUGGACAGCAGUGGCUGAUGCGUGCGUGCAGUUAUGUGUGUGUGGUCGCAGCCUCGAAAUCGAGCUAAGCUGGUGAUCAUGUAGUGCGUGCACUGCAGUGCAGCUACAUAAUUUUGGAAAGGUCAUCAAACAUAUUAACGGUCAUGAUCUUUCAGUUGUACCUCUCGCUGUCAUGAAAACAGUAGAAAGGAUGCUUUGUAAGGGAUACGCAUCCUGAGCAAUAUUAAAAGAGCUUAUGUUUAUUA